GGGGGAGGUUUGACAACAGUCAUCCUCUCUGUAGCGUAGCCUAGAGAAACCGGUGACAUUUUCAGUUUUGACGUUUGCAAAAACAACCUGAAAAUAAGUUGUCGACCUUUGAGUCUGGCUAGCUAGAGCACGAGGAGGCAGCUCCUCAGCGCGGGGUAGCAAUUGGCUGCGCGUGCACUCACUUCGACUCCCCUUCUCUCUCUGUCUAUUCAUUUCCUAUCACGCGUUCUGUAAAAUUGCCCACACACAUACACACGAUGUGGUUUGAGUGUGUAUGCGCGCACCGGAACCCAAAGUCGCUCGGUGGCGUCAGCAAUCAUUGGCAAUUUUGAAGAUUAACGAGGUUAUCCUACAUUCGACCGUCAGGGAGAGAGCGGACCAGAGAGCACAGACUGCUGCGCCGACCUGCCUGCGUGUCGAGGUGGAUAGGAAGCUUGGCUCUGGCUCGCAGCUUUGUUGGACUGGAUCGAAUUGGACACAGCGAAGAGCAGUGGGACUAUAUAGAGACAGGGGGGGGAAUAUGACCGAUAAACGGAUGUCGCGGUGGUAUUUCGGGGGGCUCGCUUCCUGCGGGGCUGCCUGCUGCACCCAUCCUUUGGACCUCAUCAAGGUAAGUGUUGGAGAGAGAACCAUAUAACCCCCCUCCCUGGCAGGAUUAUAGCCAACCUACGGAGGCUGCAGGCCCGCUAGUCAGCCAGCUGUUUACCUGGAAAGCUGGGGACAACAUCUGCCCUGAUUUGAUCCAAUGUUAUAAAAUAGUAAACAGGCUACUGGGUUCUAUCCAAACUAAACACAGCGCACUGCGGAUGAUCGGAAAAAUAGGACAGAAAAGGAAAAGUUGUAGAAUCAUUUUCUCUCUCUCUUUCCCUCUCGCUCUCGUCUAGCCUAGUCACAUGACACUGAGUGUGUAUGGUCUGUGUCCGGCGGGGGUACGGGUAGCAGUGAUUGGCCUCGUUAAGCGCGAGCUCUCCGGUUCACUGACCGGCUAACUGCGCAGCUCAGGUGCAGAGUAAACGGGGUUAGGCCUAGUGGAACUGUAGCGCUAUAGCUGUCUCAUAUUACGGAUAACGCACAGUAGUAGUAGUAGUAGCCACAUGCUCUACUGUUGUCAUUGAGCAUGUACAGGCCAGGGUCAUCUCGAAGUCAAGAAUAGCACACACAGAAUGCCAUAUCCCAUCCCUACAGUAGGCCUGUGUGCGGUAUAACAUGUGUAGGCUUAAUUAACAAGCCUGAUUAACACUGCAGGGCCAAGCUGAACUGUACUGGCCUGUUUAUGCAUCCACCACAGUUGCUGGAACCGUCCUGGAAAGUGAAGAAAAAUGCAAAAUUCCCGAGCCAGUGCAGUACGGUUGGGGUCCUAUAGUGUAACAGAAUGCCAGAGGCAUACAAGUAGGUCAGUGUUUAGUGUAAUUAUAUAGACAUGGUAUGACAUUACAGCACUAACUAGCAGUCUUAAAACAGCUGUUAACUCUAGGGCUUCCUGUGUGUAGCGUCUCUGUGUUUGAGUGUACUAAGAGGUCUGGGCCUUUAUGAAAAAAAUUUAUGCACUCUGGAUAAGAGCGUCUGCUAAAUGACGUAAAUGUAAAAUGUAUGGCACAGGUGGUAGUGCAAGAGGCAGGCCCGUAACUGCAGGGUUGCUGGUUCGAACCCUGCUCCAGAUGCUUUCCCCUCGAUCACUGUAUCUGUAUCGGAGAGGUGAGCCUGUGUUGGACAGAGGUGAUAGGGUAGUGGGCGGAGCCUGUGUUGGACAGAGGUGAUAGGGUACUGGGCGGAGCUAGUGUUGGACAGAGGUGAUAGGGUACUGGGCGGAGCUAGUGUUGGACAGAGGUGAUAGGGUACUGGGCGGAGCUAGUGUUGGACAGAGGUGAUAGGGUACUGGGCGGAGCUAGUGUUGGACAGAGGUGAUAGGGUACUGGGCGGAGCUAGUGUUGGACAGAGGUGAUAGGGUAGUGGGCGGAGCUAGUGUGGACAGAGGUGAUAGGGUAAGUGGGAGGAGCUAGUGUUGGACAGAGGUGAUAGGGUAAGUGGGCGGCGCUAGUGUUGGACAGAGGUGAUAGGGUAGUGGGCGGAGCUAGUGUUGGACAGAGGUGAUAGGGUAGUGGGAGGAGCUAGUGUUGGACAGAGGUGAUAGGGUACUGGGCGGAGCUAGUGUUGGACAGAGGUGUGUGGGGAGUUGAUAGUGUAGUCUAGACAGCCUGUCUCAACUCGCUUACUUAGAAGUCUAAAUGUGUAUAAUUACUUUGUGGGAGAGACACACACACAUACAGUGCAUGCACACAUUACACACAUCCCACACAUACACAUAUAGCAUAAUUGAUACUGACAGCAUAGUACAGUACAGGUCAGUGAAGGUAUUGUCUGUGAACCGGUAAGCAUGUUUUAUGUCAGAUUGAAACUACUAUUACCUACAUAUACUAUGUAUAUGAAAAAUGUAUGCACUCACUAACUGUAAGUCGCUCUGGAUAAGAGCGUCUGCUAAAUGACUAAAAUGUAAAAAUGUAAAUGUAAUUACCUACAUAUACUAUUACCUACAUAUACUUUUACGUUUUAUGUCAGAUUGAAACUACUAUUAACUACAUAGUGCACUACUUUUGCCCAGAGCCCUAUGGGUACUAUAUAGGGGAUAGGGUGCCAUUUGGAACACAGGGUAGCAGUGAUCGGCCUCGUUAAGUCACUGACCGGCUAACUCCGCGCACGGUGCGGUGUGGGUGCUAGUGGUAAUACAGAGUGUUAGUAGGUAGUAGUGGUAGUAUGUAGCGUUAGUAGUGUCGUAGUAGUAGUAGUAGUAGUAGAGUAGUAGUAGUAGCGUAGUAGUAGUAGUAGUAGAGUAGGUAGUAGUGUAGUGCUGGUAGUUAGUAGAGUAGUAGUAGUGAGUAAAGUAGUGUAGUAGUGGUUAGUAGGUAGUAGUAGUAGUAGUAGUAGUGUAGUAGUAGUAGUAGUGUAGUAGUAGGUAGUGUAGUAGUAGUGUAGUAGUAGUAGUAGUCGUAGCAGUAGUAGUGUAUAGUAGUAGUAGUAGCAGUAGUAGUAGUAGUAGUAGCAGUAGUGGUAGUAGUAGUAGCAGUGUAGUAGUGAGUAGUAGUAGUGAGUAGUAGUACACAGUAGAGUAGUAGUUGGUAGUAGUAGCAGUAGUAGUAGUAAGUAGUAGUAGAGUAAGUAGGUAGUAGCAGUAGUAGUAGUAGUAGUAGUAGUGGUAGUAGCAGUAGUAGUGAUGUAGUAGUAGUGUAGUAGUAGUGUUAGUAGCAGUAGCAGUAGUAUAGUAGUAGGUAGUAGUAGCAGUAGGUAGUGUAGUAGCAGAGUAGUAGUAGCUGUCUACUGUGUCAUUGAGCAUGUAGUAGCAGGGUCAUUCGAGUCAAGAGUAGAUGGGUAUAUCGCUAUACGUGUGUGUGAGUAGUAGUGAGUGUAGACAACUGGUCAGUAGCACAGUAGUGGUGACGAUGUCUGAGCUAGCAGGAGCAUCGUAGUAGAGAGUUGUGUAGGUUGUUAGCAGUGUAGCCUUAUUAGCUGUGUAUGUAGCAAUGGGCAUGACAGUUAUGAAAUGACUGGUGAAGCAAUAGAGCGUGAUUCAGAGUUUAUGAUGGUAGUUCGAGUAAUGUGGUAGUACUGUAAUCGGUAUAGUUAUUAGUAGCAGUAAGUGUAAGUAUAUUAUAGUGUGGAGUAGAGAAAGUGGAGUAGUAAGUAAGUCAGACAGUAUGACCAUAAAAGUAGUACGAGCUGGGCAUGGUCCAUCUCGAAGUCAACAAUUGAUGGUGGACCAUCCAUCCUGCUCUAUACUGUGUGUAGUGAGAGAUGACGACGACAAACCUGCCAGAACAAGACAAACAAGAUGGGAUGAGCUUGUCCCUGGAAGUAGCCAUGCCAGGCAUCUAUGUAAGAGAGUUGGGUCAGGCUUGUUACGCCAUGUUAGCACCUUUAUUCUCAAACUGUUGGUCAUGUAGCAUAGCAGAAGCACCCCUGACGUUCUAGGGAAUGACCUGCCUGUGAACAAGCAAAAUAGAGCAGUGAUUUUUACAGAUGUUUUUAUUGAUUAGCAUUCGAGAUAAUGUGGUAUCAACACUGUACAUCUUCAUAGUUUAAAAAACCUAUCUGAAAUAAACAGCACAAUGCGAAAGUGUAAAGUAUCACUUAUCAACAGCUGUGGAGGAGAAAGUGGAGCUCAGACAAGUAAAGUUCAGACAGAAAUUGACCACACAGAGUGUACAAAACAUUGGACACAAACUGACAUCUACUACCAUACCCCAUUCAAAGGCACUAAUCUUUUGUCUUGCCCAUUCUGAAUGGCACACAUACACAAUCCAUGUCUCGAUUGUCUCAAGGCUUAAAAAUCCUUCUUUAACCUGUCUCCUCCCCUUCAUCUACACUGAUUUGAAGUGGAUUUAACAAGUGACAUCAAUAAGGGAUCAUAGCUUUCACCUGGAUUCACCUGGUCAGUCUAUGUCAUGGAAAGAGUUCUUAAUGUUUUGUCCACUCAGUGUAUAUGACUCUAGCCUGCCUUCUCCUCUUCUCCUGAAGCUAGCCAUGACUAGCUUAGCGUCCCGGGUUGUAGUGCUGCCGUCCCCUCUUCUCCUGAAGCUAGCCAUGACUAGCUUAGCGUCCCGGGCUGUAGUGCUGCCGUCCCCUCUUCGCCUGAAGCUAGCCAUGACUAGCUAUACGCGUCCCGGGCUGUAUGUGCUUGCCGGGCCCCUUCUUCCUCCUGAAGCUAGCCAUGACUAGCUUAGCGUCCCCGGGUUGUAGUGGCUGCCGUCCCCCUCUUUCUCCUGGAAGCUAGGCCAUGACUAGCUUAGCGUCCCGGUUUGUAGUGCUGCCGUCCCCUCUUCUCCCUGAGAGCUAGCCAUGACUAGCUUAUAGCGUCCCGGGCUGUAGGUUCCGUCCCUUCUUCUCCUGAAGCAGCCUGACUAGCUUUGCCCCUGCUGUAGUUGCCCCCCCUGAAGCUAGCCAUGACUAGCUUAAGCGUUCCCGGGCUGUAGUGUGCUGCCUUCCCCUCUUCUCCUGAAGCUUAGCCAUGACUAGCUUAGCGUCCCGGGGCUGUAGUGCUGGCCGUCUGGCCCGUCCCCUCUUCUCACUUAAGCUAGCCAUGACUAGCUUAGCGUCCCUGGGCUGUAGAUGCUGCCGUCCCCUUCUUCUCCUGAAUCUAGCCAUGACUAGCUUAGCGUCCCGGGCUGUAGUGCUGCCGUCCCCAUCUUCUCCUGAAGCUAGCCAUGACUAGCUUAGCGUCCCGGGCUGUAGUGCUGCCGUCCCCUCUUCUCCUGAAGCUAGCCAUGACUAGCUUAGCGUCCCGGGCUGUAGUGCUGCCGUCCCCUCUUCUCCUGAAGCUAGCCAUGACUAGCUUAGCGUCCCGGGCUGUAGUGCUGCCGUCCCCUCUUCUCCUGAAGCUAGCCAUGACUAGCUUAGCGUCCCGGGCUGUAGUGCUGCCGUCCCCUCUUCUCCUGAAGCUAGCCAUGACUAGCUUAGCGUCCCGGGCUUGUAGUGCUGCCGUCCCCUCUUCUCCUGAAGCUAGCCAUGACUAGCUUAGCGUCCCGGGUGUAGUGCUGCCGUCCCCUCUUCUCCUGAAGCUAGCCAUGACUAGCUUAGCGUCCCGGGCUGUAGUGCUGCCGUCCCCUCUUCUCCUGAAGCUAGCCAUGACUAGCUUAGCGUCCCGGGCUGUAGUGCUGCCGUCCCCUCUUCUCCUGAAGCUAGCCAUGACUAGCUUAGCGUCCCGGGCUGUAGUGCUGCCGUCCCCUCUUCUCCUGAAGCUAGCCAUGACUAGCUUAGCGUCCCGGGCUGUAGUGCUGCCGGAGUGCAGGGGAGCGGCGCUCCCUCACUUUUUUUCAAUUUGAGAAUACACAGACCUCAUACAAUUAUUUCUGGAAAAUCAAUUCUAAAUAAAUAAUAUUUAAUUACCACAAAAAAUUCCAUGAAAAACGAUAGGCUCUUUAUUUGGUUUGUCAUUCUAUGUAUAGCAGCCUAGAGGUAGGUAAAUGGUGGUUCCUUCCCUGUCGUCUCUCUGACGGUGGCGAGAAUGAUGAAGAACUGUAGGCUGUGUGUGUGUGCACUGCAGAAGGCCCAUCAGAAGCUCGACCACUUUGUCAGAACGUUGAAAAAGAAUCAGCAACAGUUUGUUCUCCUGAAGCCGUGCCUCUCCUCUCUGACCUGGUUCAUACUUGUUGUUGCUAUGCCUGUUGUCUGGCAUGAAGUCAGUUGCCCUAGUAACGCCCUACCUCUCUCUCUGCUACCUGAGGGGAGGGAGAUGGUCUGGAUCUCACUAGUGUGUGUGUGUGUGUCGGCAUGUGUGUGUACGUGCACAUUAAUGGGUGUGUUUGUUUAACUAAACAACCUAGCACCUACAUCUAAGUUAUGGCAUUGUCUUCUAUCAGUAUUUCUCUAGAAACUCUGUAACAUCACUGGAACAAUGGGACAGUGUGUUGGUGAUGUGACUCAGGAGGAGCUGGAGGUUAGAGGUUACAUGCUGAAUUUUUGGCUUUCAGUGUCAUUAGAGAAGAUAGUCAUUAGAGAAGAUACUCAUUGCACUGUGUCCUGACUGGAGUGCUUAUUGAGUGCCAGCCAGGUCCUGCAGCAACCAGCUAUCUGUAUCUGCACUCAGGGUGUGAAUGAUUAUCUAGUCACAACAGGGUGAGAGGGAAACAUGGAGAGGGUGAUAAAGAAAGGAGAGAGGGAGAGACAGAGAGGGAAGAGGGAGAAGAAAUAUAGGAGAAAGCCAGUUAUUUACAGUGAGACAGAGGGAGUGGAUGAUUGAGGGAAGAAGGAAAGAGAAUGGAAGAGAAGAGAGAGAGAGAUGGACUGAGAGCGAGAGCAAGGGAGAGAGAGAAAGCGACAGAGCGAGAAAGAGAGAUUGUUUGUGUUCCAUGGUUGAAGGCCUUGGUGGCCUUUGAACUCAAACAGUACUGAUAAGCCGGUGGGAGCGAGAGGCGUGAUUGGCCGGAGGGAGGCCACACUUGGAGCAGAGCCCAGUUGGAAAAGAGAGAGCGAGAGUUCAAAGGAGGUCAGAGAAUUACCUUAAAAAAAACUAUUCCCCGUACACACACAACAUUAAAACACCUGUACAUACACACACGAGAACGUCAGUAGUUGUGAUAUUCCAACUACUGCUACCAUUACAACUAUCACAACCAUAUCUACAGCUCUCUCCACUGACUCCCAACUACUACAUUAUACUACUAUCUCUAUAGACAGUAACUAGUACAUUAUACUGCUAUCUCUAUAGACAGUAACUACUACAUUAUACUGCUAUCUCUAUAGACAGUAACUAGUACAUUAUACUGCUAUCUCUAUAGACAGUAACUACUACAUUAUACUGCUAUCUCUAUAGACAGUAACUAGUACAUUAUACUGCUAUCUCUAUAGACAGUAACUACUACAUUAUACUGCUAUCUCUAUAGACGUUAACUACUACAUUAUACUGCUAUCUCUAUAGACGUUAACUACUACAGUGAGGGAAAAAAGUAUUUGAUCCCCUGCUGAUUUUGUACGUUUGCCCACUGACAAAGACAUGAUCAGUCUAUAAUUUUAAUGGUAGGUUUAUUUGAACAGUGAGAGACAGAAUAACAACAACAAAAUCCAGAAAAACACAUGUCAGAAAUUUUAGAAAUUGAUUUGCAUUUUAAUGAGGGAAAUAAGUAUUUGACCCCUCUGCAAAACAUGACUUAGUACUUGGUGGCAAAACCCUUGUUGGCAAUCACAGAGGUCAGACGUUUCUUGUAGUUGGCCACCAGGUUUGCACACAUCUCAGGAGGGAUUUUGUCCCACUCCUCUUUGCAGAUCUUCUCCAAGUCAUUAAGGUUUCGAGGCUGACAUUUGGCAACUCGAACCUUCAGCUCCCUCCACAGAUUUUCUAUGGGAUUAAGGUCUGGAGACUGGCUAGGCCACUCCAGGACCUUAAUGUGCUUCUUCUUGAGCCACUCCUUUGUUGCCUUGGCCGUGUGUUUUGGGUCAUUGUCAUGCUGGAAUACCCAUCCACGACCCAUUUUCAAUGCCCUGGCUGAGGGAAGGAGGUUCUCACCCAAGAUUUGACGGUACAUGGCCCCGUCCAUCGUCCCUUUGAUGCGGUGAAGUUGUCCUGUCCCCUUAGCAGAAAAACACCCCCAAAGCAUAAUGUUUCCACCUCCAUGUUUGACGGUGGGGAUGGUGUUCUUGGGGUCAUAGGCAGCAUUCCUCCUCCUCCAAACACGGCGAGUUGAGUUGAUGCCAAAGAGCUCGAUUUUGGUCUCAUCUGACCACAACACUUUCACCCAGUUCUCCUCUGAAUCAUUCAGAUGUUCAUUGGCAAACUUCAGACGGGCCUGUAUAUGUGCUUUCUUGAGCAGGGGGACCUUGUGGGCGCUGCAGGAUUUCAGUCCUUCACGGCGUAGUGUGUUGCCAAUUGUUUUCUUGGUAACUAUGGUUCCAGCUGCCUUGAGAUCAUUGACAAGAUCCUCCCGUGUAGUUCUGGGCUGAUUCCUCACCGUUCUCAUGAUCAUUGCAACUCCACGAGGUGAGAUCUUGCAUGGUGCCCCAGGUCGAGGGAGAUUGACAGUUCUUUUGUGUUUCUUCCAUUUGCGAGUAAUCGCACCAACUGUUGUCACCUUCUCACCAAGCUGCUUGGCGAUGGUCUUGUAGCCCAUUCCAGCCUUGUGUAGGUCUACAAUCUUGUCCCUGACAUCCUUGGAGAGCUCUUUGGUCUUGGCCAUGGUGGAGAGUUUGGAAUCUGAUUGAUUGAUUGCUUCUGUGGACAAGUGUCUUUUAUACAGGUAACAAACUGAGAUUAGGAGCACUCCCUUUAAGAGUGUGCUCCUAAUCUCACCUCGUUACCUGUAUAAAAGACACCUGGGAGCCAGAAAUCUUUCGGAUUGAGAGGGGGUCAAAUACUUAUUUCCCUCAUUAAAAUGCAAAUCAAUUUAUAACAUUUUUGACAUGCGUUUUUCUGGAUUUUUUUGUUGUUAUUCUGUCUCUCACUGUUCAAAUAAACCUACCAUUAAAAUUAUAGACUGAUCAUUUCUUUGUCAGUGGGCAAACGUACAAAAUCAGCAAGGGAUCAAAUACUUUUUUCCCUCACUGUACAUUAUACUACUAUCUCUAUAGACAGUAACUAGUACAUUAUACUGCUAUCUCUAUAGACAGUAACUACUACAUUAUACUGCUAUCUCUAUAGACGUUAACUACUACAUUAUACUGCUAUCUCUAUAGACGUUAACUACUACAUUAUACUACUAUCUCUAUAGACAGUAACUAGUACAUUAUACUGCUAUCUCUAUAGACAGUAACUAGUACAUUAUACUACUAUCUCUAUAGACAGUAACUAGUACAUUAUACUACUAUAUCUAUAGACAGUAACUACUACAUACUACUAUCUCUAUAGACAGUAACUAGUACAUUAUACUACUAUCUCUAUAGACAGUAACUACUACAUUAUACUACUAUCUCUAUAGACAGUAACUACUACAUUAUACUACUAUCUCUAUAGACAGUAACUACUACAUUAUACUACUAUCUCUAUAGACAGUAACUACUACAUUAUACUGCUAUCUCUAUAGACAGUAACUAGUACAUUAUACUUCUAUCUCUAUAGACAGUAACUAGUACAUUAUACUGCUAUCUCUAUAGACAGUAACUACUACAUUAUACUGCUAUCUCUAUAGACGUUAACUACUACAUUAUACUGCUAUCUCUAUAGACGUUAACUAGUACAUUAUACUACUAUCUCUAUAGACAGUAACUAGUACAUUAUACUGCUAUCUCUAUAGACAGUAACUAAUACAUUAUACUGCUAUCUCUAUAGACAGUAACUACUACAUUAUACUACUAUCUCCAUAGACAGUAACUAUAAUAGACUUCAAGGACAGCUCCUCAGUGUGUGGCGGUGUGUGUGUAGAUAUAUCUCUACCAUAAGUCACAGUGACACACCCGUUCCUCCAGCGUGUACCAUCUCUCAGAUCGCCACGGUUACAACCAGGUCAGCUGAGCUAUAAACACUCAGCAUGAAUCUGUCAGUCACGCUAGUAUGUCUGUCUGUCUCUGUUUGUCUAAUCUGUCUAACCUGUCUGUCUGUCUGUCUGUUUGUCUGUCUCUGUUUGUCUAACCUGUGUGUCUGUCUGUCUGUCUGCUUGUCUGUCUCUGUUUGUCUAAUCUGUCUAACCUGUCUGUCUGUCUGUUUGUCUGUCUCUGUUUGUCUAACCUGUCUAACCUGUUUGUCUGUCUCUGUUUGUCUAAUCUGUCUAACCUGUCUAACCUGUCUGUCUGUGGGAGAGAGGCAGUUCCACACUCACUCAAAAAUAGACACAGACUGAUGACCGACUGAUGAUGAUGAGUGUAAUGAUGAUGAAGAUGCAGUAUAUUGAUCGUAUUUGUAAUGAUGAUGAUGAUAAUGAUGAAAUAAUGAUUGUGUGUGUGUGUGUGUGUGUGUGUGUGUUUAGGUCCACCUGCAGACCCAGCAGAAGGGUAAGAUGGGGAUGGUGAGCAUGGCCAUGCAGGUAGUGAAGAACGAUGGAGCUCUGGCUCUGUACAACGGACUCAGCGCAUCACUCUGCAGACAGGUAGGAGGAUGGGGGGGGGGGGUGUAAUCCUGUAAUGAUAGUUCCAUUAGUGAUGUAUGGACUCUGUCCCAGAGAUAGGUAGAUGGAACCUGAGUGUUCCAGGCAGAAGGAUCAGUAUUCUGUCCCAGUAUGCUUUUCUCUCCAUCAGCAAUUUAAACCACUAAACUUAGCUCUCUGGCUUUUGUCCUGUCAAGCAUUAGCAGAAAGACAUGUUUUACCCAUACACAUUAGGACCAUAAUGUGUGCGUUCCAAAUUAUAUUUUGUAUUUUUUAAAGUAAUUUAGCAGAUGCUCUUAUCCAGAGCGACUGACAGGAAUAAUUAGGGUUAAGUGCUUUGCUCAAGAGCACAUCAGCAGAUUUUUUCACCUAGUCAGCUCUGGGAUUUGAACCAGCGACCUUUUGCUACUGGCCCAACGCUCUUAACCGCUAGGCUACCUGCUGCCCCAAAUAACGUUAUAAUCCAUGCUCUGCUUUUGACCAAUGAGCCCUGGUUAAAAGCAGUGCCCUAUAUUGGGAGUAGGGUACCAUUUGGAACGCAUGCAAUGCCUCCCCUGGAUACAGUUUGUUUCAAUGGCCUGGAUGCAGAAGUACGGCGCUGGGUUUUCCUCAAUCACACUGGACCUGAGCAGGAACAACUCUGGACCCUAAUUACAGCCUAAAGCAUGGUAUAGCCUUGAACUAGGACACAGAACUUUACCCCCCCUGGUCAGGAACAACUCUGGACCCAAUGCACAAGCACUAAGGGGCGAAUCCACUUCAGUCAAAUUGUCACUUCAUGUCCCAUUGACAUCAAUGGCAUGACUAAGAACAUGUGAAGUGGAAGUUAGUUUCCCCUCUGAUAGUGUUGCAUCAGAGGGAAUUCUCUAUAAGAAGACAGACCAGUGGUAAGAAUGUCAGGCAGUUACCACAGUAACACACAGUGAGGAAACUGGUGAAGUUGCCCAUAGACACUGAUCUUGGGUCAGUUUAGCAUUUUCCCCAAUAUUGGUUAAGGUUAGGAUUGAGGGAGGGGAAGCUGAUUCUAGAUCUGUACCUAACGGAAACUGGUUGGGGUGUUGAAACGUCCUGUUAAUGCCUCUAUUGACACAUCUCUCUCUCUCUGGAGAGGAGCUGUUUGCUGUUUGUGACAGAUGGGUUUCACCUUGUGGUGGAUUGAAGCUAUGACAUACAACUAGAAUGUUCUUAGGAUGAUAGCUACACAUUACUCUUUCUUCAAUUUGAUGUGCUUUUUCUUACUCUUGUUCUCGUGUCUCUCCUCUGCCCUCUACUAUUCUCUCUCUCUCUCUCUCAAUCUCUCUCUAUCUCUCUCCUCUCUCUCUCUCUCUCUCUCUCUCUCUCUCCUCUCUCUCUCUCUCGCUCCUCUCUCUCCGUCCUCUCCUCUCUCAUCUCCUCCUCUCGUCUCUCUCUCGUGCUCUCUCUCUCUCUCUCUCUAUCAAUUCAAUUCAAUUCAAUUUAAGGGCUUUAUUGGCAUGGGAAGCGUAUGUUAACAUUGCCAAAGCAAGUGAAAUAGAUAGUAAACAAAAGUGAAAUAAACUAUAAAUAUUAACAGUAAACAUUACACUCAGAAAUUCCAAAGAAUAAGACAUUUCAAAUGUCAUAUUAUGUAUAUAUACAAUGUUGUAACAAUGUGCAAAUAGUUAAAGUACUCUCUCUCUCUCUCUCUCUCGCUGUCUCUCUCUGUCUUUCUCUGUCUGUCUGUCUGUCUGUCUGUCUGUCUGUCUGUCUGUCUGUCUGUCUGUCUGUCUGUCUGUCUGUCUGUCUGUCUGUCUGUGUCUCCUCUCCUCUCCUCUCCUCUCCUCUCCUCUCCUCUCCUCUCCUCUCCUCUUCCCCUUCUCUCUAGAUGUCCUAUUCUCUAACUAGGUUUGCUAUCUAUGAGACAGUCAGAGACAUGUUGAGCAGCAGUAAUCAGGGCCCCAUGCCUUUCUACCAGAAGGUGCUGCUGGGGGCCUUCGGAGGUAGGGACACAAACACACAGGGUUGCGCAUACACGCAUGUAUGCUGAACACACACACACUGGGGCAUACACACAUGCACACUGUCGCAGACUAAGGGUAAUGCUCACACACACACUAAUCUCUCUCAUGCUUCUAGGUUUUACUGGUGGGUUCAUCGGCACUCCUGCAGACAUGGUGAACGUCAGGUGAGAGAAACACACAGCUCUCUUUGCAAUUUAUGAUAGUAUAAUUAUUGUAAUGUUCUAACUAAAAUACUUGUUUAAUGGUUUGGUUGAACGGUGUAUAAUUAUUGUAAUGUUCUAACUAAAAUACUUGUUUAAUGGUUUGGUUGAACGGUGUAUAAUUAUUGUAAUGUUCUAAAUUAUAUACUAGUUUAAUGGGUAGGUUGUAUUGUGUCUGAAUAUUGUAAUGUUGUAACUAAUACUAGUUUUCCCCCUCAGGAUGCAGAAUGAUGUUAAACUACCUCCAGAGCUGAGGAGGAAGUGAGUGUUCCUGACCAUUUAGACUACAUGGUAUGUUGUUGAUCUGACAAUGUCUAAGUCUGUGUCUCUCUCUUUCUCUCUCAGCUACAAACAUGCUGUGGACGGUCUCUUCAGGGUCUUCAGAGAAGGUAGGAAUGUGUGUGAGUUGUACUCUCUAUCUCUGUAGAAAAAUAUGAAAUGUCAAGAGACCGGUUCUGAGUUUAGAGAGGGAGCCGCACGCUAUCGCUCCAAUGUAAUACAUUUGAUAAAAAAUAGAACGAUAGAAAGCUUUUGUUCAAAUGAAUUGAUACAGUUUGUAUUCUGCUGCUCUGUGCUCUGUGUGACCCCUGACCUCUCCCCUCUGACCUGUGUGUAGAGGGGGUGAGGAAGUUGUUCUCAGGAGCCACCAUGGCCUCCAGCAGAGGAGCUCUGGUCACUGUGGGACAGGUACGACCGCACGGCACCCUGGGAAAUUAAGUUUAAUAGCGUUAUGUAUAGCAGUACUUUGUAUAGAUUAGAAGAGAGACACUGUUUGCUGGUUGACACUGGUUGAUUGUUUUUAGGUGUUCUCUUUGUAUGUACUGAUUUGUCUUUUGAAUGUAUUUUGAAUUAUAACACAUCUCUCCCUCCUCUCUCUCACUCAAUUCAAUUUCAAUUCAAUUUAAGGGCUUUAUUGGCAUGGGAAACGUAUGUUAACAUUGCCAUAGCAAGUGAAGUAGAUAGUAAACAAAAGUGAAAUAAACAAUAAAUAUUAACAGUAAACAUUACACUCAGAAGUUUCAAAAGAAUAAAGACAUUUCAAAUGUCAUAUUAUGUAUAUAUACAGUGUUGUAACAAUGUGCAAAUAGUUAAAGUACAAAAAGGAAAAUAAAUAAACAUAAAUAUGGGUUGUAUUUACAAUGGUGUUUGUUCUUCACUGGUUGCCCUUUUCUUGUGGCAACAUGUCACAAAUAUUGCUGCUGUGAUGGCACACUGUGGUAUUUCACCCAGUAGAUAUGGGAGUUGAUCAAAAUUGGGUUUGUUUUCUAAUUCUUUGUGGAUCUGUGUAAUCUGAGGGAAGUAUGUGUCUCUAAUAUGGUCUCUCUCUCUCUCUCUCUCUCCAUCUCUCUCACUCCCUCGCCCCCUCUCUCCAUCCUCCUCUCUCACUCCCUCGCCCCCUCUCUCCCCCCUCCUCUCUCACUCCUCUCUCACUCCCUCGCCCCCUCUCUCCCCCCUCCUCUCUCACUCCUCUCGCCCCCUCUCCCACCCUCGCUCUCUCCUCCCCCUCCUCCUACUCACCUCCCCUCCCCCCCCCUCUCUCCCCCCUCCUCUCUCUCUCUCCCCCUCCUCCUCCCACUUCCCUCCCCCCACUCUCUCCCCCCCCCUCCUCUCCUCCCUCUCUCCCCCCCUCCUCUCUCCCCCUCCUCUCCCCCCCUCCCAUCCUCCUCUCUCUCUCCCUCCCUCCUCUCCUCCUCCCUCGCCCCCUCUCUCCCCCCCUCCUCUCUCCCCCCUCGCCCCCUCUCUCCCCCCUCCUCUCCCACUCCCUCGCCCCCUCUCUUUCCCCCCUCCUCCUCUCUCCCCCCUCCUCUCCCCCUCUCCUCGCCCCCUCUCUCUCUCCCCCUCCUCUCCCCCUCCCUCUCCCCCCUCCUCCUCUCUCCCCCCCUCCUCUCUCCCUCCUCCUCUCCCACUCCCUCCCCCCUCUCUCCCCCUCUCCUCUCUCUCGCCCCCUCCUCUCCACUCCAUCGCCCCCCCCCCCUUCCUCCCACCUCCCCCCUCCUCGUCCCAACUCCUCGCCCCCUAUCUCCCCCCUCCUCUCCAUCUUCCCCCCCCCCCCUCUCUCCCCCCCACCCUCUUACCAGCUCUCUCCCCCCCUCCUCUCUCUGUAGCUUGGCAUGUUAUGACCAGGCUAAACAGCUGGUGCUGUCUUCAGGCUUCAUGGGAGAUAACAUCCUCACACACUUCCUGUCCAGCUUCAUCGCUGUGAGGAACCUGGCUUCUUAUUGGUUAAUAGAGUGCAGAGUGCUGGUUGGAUAAGGAACCAGAAGAAUGUGAUUGUUAAUUGAAUAACUCAAAGAAAACUAAUUAUAUGUAUCUUUCUCUCUCCCUGUCUCUGCCUGUGUCUCUCUCUCUCUCUCUCUGUCUGCCUGUCUGCCUGUGUGUUUCUCUGUCUGCCUGUGUCUGCCUGUCUGUGUGUGUCUGUCUGCCUGUGUGUCUGUCUGCCUGUGUGUCUGUCUGUCUGUGUGUCUGUGUGUCUCUCUCUGUAGGGAGGCUGUGCUACGUUCCUGUGUCAGCCUCUAGAUGUGAUGAAGACCAGGUUGAUGAACUCUAAAGGAGAAUACUCAGUGAGUUACUCUAUCCAUCCCUCUCUUUGUCAUCUACUCCCUCCAUCCAUCACUCUCUUCUUCGUUUCCUUCAUCUCUCUCUCUCUCUCUCUCUCUCUCUCUCUCUCUCUCUCUCUCUCUCUGUCUCUGUCUCUGUCUCAAUGCUUCAAUAAAUAAAAAAUAAAAAAUAUUAACAGUAAACAUUACACUCAGAAGUUUCAAAAGAAUAAAGACAUUUCAAAUGUCAUAUUAUGUAUAUAUACAGUGUUGUAACAAUGUGCAAAUAGUUAAAGUACAAAAGGGAAAAUAAAUAAACAUAAAUAUGGGUUUCUUUCCUCUCUCUCUCUGUCUCUCUCUCUCUGUCUCUCUCUCUCUCUCAAUGCUUCUCACUCUCUCUCUCUCUCUCUCAAUGCUACUCUCUCUCUCUCUCUCUCAAUGCUUCUCUCUCUCUCUCUCUCUCACUGCUUCUGUCUAUUUCCUGUCUCUCUCGCUCUCUCUCUCUCCAUCUCGCUCUCUCUCUUCAUCUCUCUCUCUUCUCCUUCAGUAUGUAACUGUGUGUGUGUGUGUGUUUCAGGGUGUGAUACACUGUCUAGAGUGACUGCUAAAGAGGGACCCAUGGCCUUCUACAAGGUGAGACGCACACACUCAAACACACAUACUUUGCAAGUCCAGAAGUCCCCUAGCAGGCCAACCCUAAAUAAACCUUUGGGGGCUCUGUUUGACAAGGUAAGAUUUUCUAACGAUCCUCUUCUAGUCAAGCCUGGUCAGGUCUUACCUUAACUAUCUCUGUCAAGUGAAGCUGUGUAAGGUUUACUAACGUUAUCCUGUCUAAGGUAAGCCUGGGUAAAGGUCUUACCUUACGUAUCCAUGUCUAAGGUGAAGCCUGGGUAAAGGUCUUACCUUAAACGUAUCCUGUCUAAGGUGAAGCCUGGUAAGGUUACCUUAACGUAUCCAUGUCUAAGGUGAAGCCUGGGUAAAGGUCUUACCUUAACGUAUCCAUGUCUAAGGUGAAGCCUGGGUAAGGGUCUUACCUUAACGUAUCCAUGUCUAAGGUGAAGCCUGGGUAAGGGUCUUACCUUAACGUAUCCAUGUCUAAGGUGAAGCCUGGGUAAAGGUCUUACCUUAACGUAUCCAUGUCUAAGUGAAGCCUGGGUAAAGGUCUUACCUUAACGUAUCCAUGUCUAAGGUGAACCUGGGUAAAGGUCUUACCUUAAACGUAUCCAUGUCUAAGGUGAAGCCUGGGUAAAGGUCUUACCUUAACGUAUCCAUGUCUAAGGUGAAGCCUGGGUAAGGGUCUUACCUUAACGUAUCCAUGUCUAAGUGUGAAGCCUGGGUAAAGGGUCUUACCUUAACGUAUCCAUGUCUAAGGUGAAGCCUGGGUAAAGGUCUUACCUUAACGUAUCCAUGUCUAAGGUGAAGCCUGGGUAAGGGUCUUACCUUAACGUAUCCAUGUCUAAGUGAAGCCUGGGUAAGGGUCUUACCUUAACGUUAUCCAUCUAAGGUGAAGCCUGGGUAAAGGUCUUACCUUAAACGUAUCCCCAUGUCUAAGGUGAAGCCUGGGUAAAGGUCUUACCUUAACGUAUCCAUGUCUAAGGUGAAGCCUGGGUAAAGGUCUUACCUUAACGUAUCCAUGUCUAAGGUGAAGCCUGGGUAAAGGGUCUUACCUUAACGUAUCCAUGUCUAAGGUGAAGCCUGGGUAAAGGUCUUACCUUAACGUAUCCAUGUCUAAGGUGAAGCCUGGGUAAAGGUCUUACCUUAACGUAUCCAUGUCUAAGGUGAAGCCUGGGUAAAGGUCUUACCUUAACGUAUCCAUGUCUAAGGUGAAGCCUGGGUAAGGGACUUACCUUAACGUAUCCAUGUCUAAGGUGAAGCCUGGGUAAGGGUCUUACCUUAACGUAUCCAUGUCUAAGGUGAAGCCUGGGUAAAGGUCUUACCUUAACGUAUCCAUGUCUAAGGUGAAGCCUGGGUAAGGGACUUACCUUUAAACGUAUCCAUGUCUAAGGUGAAGCCUGGGUAAAGGUCUUACCUUAACGUAUCCAUGUCUAAGGUGAAGCCUGGGUAAAGGUCUUACCUUAACGUAUCCAUGUCUAAGGUGAAGCCUGGGUAAAGGUCUUACCUUAACGUAUCCAUGUCUAAGGUGAAGCCUGGGUAAGGGUCUUACCUUAACGUAUCCAUGUCUAAGGAAGCCUGGGUAAGGGUCUUACCUUAACUAUCCAUGUCUAGGUGAAGCCUGGGUAAAGGUCUUACCUUAACGUAUCCAUGUCUAAGGUGAAGCCUGGGUAGGGCCCUUACCUUAAAGUAUCCAUGUCUAAGGUGAAGCCUGGGUAAAGGUCUUACCUUAACGUAUCCAUGUCUAAGGUGAAGCCUGGGUAAAGGUCUUACCUUAACGUAUCCAUGUCUAAGGUGAAGCCUGGGUAAAGGUCUUACCUUAACGUAUCCAUGUCUAAGGUGAAGCCUGGGUAAAGGUCUUACCUUAACGUAUCCAUGUCUAAGGUGAAGCCUGGGUAAAGGUCUUACCUUAACGUAUCCAUGUCUAAGGUGAAGCCUGGGUAAGGGACUUGACUUAAUGUCCAAUGCAGUUGCAAGAAAGUUAAUGAACUGUCCACUUGCAUUAUAAGGUCUUAACUAGGGGUGUAACGAUCCAUCUACUACAUCAAUGUAUCGAUUUAUAUUCCUAUGAUCCAACUACAUCGAUCUGUGCUCGGCGAGUUGGCCUUUUGGACAACAUAUAUCGAUCUAACAUCGUUUUAAAAUGUAAUAAAUCGAUUGUAUCGAUACUAGGAAAUAACCCAUUGGAUUUAAGCACGUCAGACUUUAUAUGGAUGUUUUUUCUUAGCACUUUUAAUGAUAAAGGCUUUAAACAUUACUCGAUUCAGUCUGCCUAUCCGUGACGUCAUCGCGCCAACAGCAGCGCAAAGGCGCAAAGACAACAAAACAUAGAGGAGAAGCCGACGAGCGAGAAAUUAUCAAGCCACCAUUGCGGUCCUUACAAGAAACAGGAAUCUAGGAAACUUCACCUGCACUGUCCAGUAUCCAGGUAUUUAUUUCAGUCACACUGGUUGAAUUUUUGGCUAAAAGGUUACUGAAUCGAUUUCAAGUCACUGAAUCGUUUCGGAUUGUAUCGUUCUAAAUGAACCAAUAUCGUCCUUGAAUCGUAUCGACAACCACAAAUCGUGAUACAAAUCGAAUCGUUGUUAAAACGAAUCGUUACACCCCUAGUCUUAACCUACUGUCCAAUCAAAUGUCAGCAUGUAGACCAACUGUCCAAUCCAGUGUCAGGGUCUUGACUAAGUGCCCAAUGGCAUUGCAAGGUUUUAACCAACUGUCCAAUCACGUGUCAGAAUGCUAACUAACUGUCCAAUGGCGUUGCAGGGUCUUGUUCCUGCAGGGAUCCGUCUGAUCCCUCACACGGUGCUCACCUUCAUCUUCCUAGAGCAGCUCAAGAACAACUUCGGCAUCAUCGUCAUCUCCUGAGCACGCUCUGUGACCUACGACCUUUACCCUCUAACCCCCCGUCCCCCCCCCGUCCCCUGCCAAGGUCAACCAAUCCCCUGUCACUGCCACGGUGCCACAUCCCCCAUUGCCCUGCGCUGUCCAAUCACACAGAGAGGUGGAUGUAGUGAUGGACUGUCCACUCUGCUAUCCCACCCGGCCCUCUUUCACGUGCUCUGGAAAUCAACCAAUCACCAGUGGAAAAGACUACGAAGGAACUGCCUACACCUGCACCAUCACCGCCUUGUCCACAGGAAGAGUU